AUGGAGGCAGUGGUGGUGGAUGCUGGGUCUAAGCUCCUCAAAGCUGGCUUCGCCGCCCCAGAUCAGGCUCCACCCCUGGUUAUUCCAACUCAAAUGAAAUGCAUGCCUGAAGAUGCCAACAUGGCCGAUGCUUCUUUGUUUGAGGACACUAUGGUUGAUCCAAUUGUGCGAGGUUUUAUUAAGGAUUGGGAUGCCAUGGAAGAUCUGUUGCACCAUGUUCUAUAUACCAGCCUUGGAUGGGAAAUGGGCAACGAAGGACAAAUUUUAUUCACAGAUCCACUUUCAACUCCCAAGGCUGUCAGAGAACAGUUGGUGCAAUUGAUGUUUGAGACAUUCAACAUCUCAGGCUUUUAUGCUUCAGAGCAAGCAGUCUUAUCACUUUAUGCAGUAGGUCGUAUCUCGGGCUGCACUGUUGACAUUGGUCAUGGAAAGAUAGAUAUUGCACCAGUAAUUGAAGGUGCUGUUCAACACAUAGCGUCAAGAAGAUUUGAACUCAAUAUAUCUGACGUCGAGAAAAUAAAAGAGCAAUAUGCAUGUUGUGCUGAGGACGAUCUUGCUUAUGAGAAGACUGGGAAAUCAUGUCAGUUAGAGCAACAUACUCUACCUGAUGGACAGGUGAUCACAAUUGGAAGAGAAAGAUAUACUAUUGGAGAGGCCUUAUUUGAACCGUCUAUAUUGGGUUUGGAUACACAUGGAAUAGUUGAGCAGCUUGUUCGUAGUAUCUCAACUGUGUCAUCUGAGAAUCACCGACAGCUGCUGGAAAACACUGUACUUUGUGGGGGCACCGUUUCCAUGGCUGGUUUUGAAGAAAGAUUCCAGAAAGAAGCCAGCCUCUGCUCAUCACCUAUUUGUCCUUCUCUAGUUAAGCCUCCAGAAUACAUGCCAGAGAACUUGACAAUGUAUUCAGCAUGGGUGGGAGGAGCCAUACUUGCCAAAGUUGUGUUCCCUCAAAAUCAACACAUAACCAAGGCAGAUUACGAUGAAACUGGACCUUCUGUUGUGCAUCGGAAAUGCUUCUGA